AUGUCUGCCCUUUCUACUCGAAACACCUGCACAACGCAACUGCACAACACCGAUGAUCCAUCACUGGACUGGGAUACGAUCACUCCAGCAGAAGAAACAUUUUUCUCGAACCAACCGAGGCAAGUGGCAAAAUGGAAUUCGCAGCCUACAGGAUCCAACAUCAAAAGUGCAUUACCCUCGUUCGUAUACAGAUUGAAAGAUGAUCCUGGUAACUCCCAGCCAGGACGGAGCGGACGCAUCUGCGAUGCAGCAGAAGAGGAUACCAUGGGUAUCGUAAGUACCAGUACUCAGCCAAGCGCGAUCAACAAAAAGUAUCUCAUCGUCGACGAGCAUCUGUUGGGGGUCAGGCAAGGUCAGUCCAUCGGAGGAUCAUUCCAAUUCCUUAUUGAGAAAGAUAAUGGGUGGGAUGUGAGGAUAUCGGAUAAUGGAGAUACGAUGACCUGCACUUUCCGACCUGGCGAUGGAUUUGAUGAAGUAUAUGAAUCUGCCGCUCAGGCGCAUGAUACUCGAAGAUUACGACAAUUGAUCCUUGAGAGAUCUGGUUUACCAGGUUAUGGGUUAUCAAUCCCAAGGGAGCCUCCGAACGCCGAGAUGAUCGACGGGGAACAACAUAUUACUUUGUACUAUAACUGGGAACCAGUCCCAGGUAUAAGCACUGCUCAAAGAGGUGCAUUCGAUAUCGAACGGUUCUUCGUCAAACCUGUUAUGGAGGCGCGAUUAGACUAG